UGAGGAGCUCUGUGGUCAGCGCAGACUGCUGGAUAUCACCUGGAACCCGCAGCUUCAGCUCCACCACAUAGACCUCCCCCAGCAUCGGUUGACAGAAACGGAAGAUCUCUGCAACCAGCAAAGGAACUUCAGAGUGGAACAGAAUGUUCCAGAAUCUACACAGACAAAAGAGGAACUGAAGGAGCUAAAACUUCUACAAAUUAAACAGGAGCAGGAGGAACCAGAACCUCCUCAGAUAAAAGAGGAGCAGGAGGAACCACAACCUCUACAGAUAAAAGAGGAGCAGGAGGAACCAGAAGUUCCUCAGAUAAAAGAGGAGCAGGAGGAACCAGAACCUCUACAGAUAAAAGAGGAGCAGGAGGAACCAGAACCUCCUCAGAUAAAAGAGGAGCAGGAGGAACCAGAACCUCAAGAGAAUGAAGGAGAGCAAGAGGAAGAAAAACUUCCACAGGUUGAAAAUGCUCAUAAUAUGUCUACCUACAUGAAAACAAAGUCUGAUGAAGGCCCUUAUGUCUGUGAAGAAUGUGGUAAAAGUUUUUGUUCCUGCUUCAAAUUCAGAACUCAUUUAAGGACUCACACAGAAAGGGGGCUUUUUUUAUUUAAAGAAAGUGACAAAUGUUUUAGCGGUGUAUCUCAUUUCAAAAGACACAUAAGAACACAGACAACAGAGAAGACAUUUUCUUGUAAAGAAUGUGACAAAGGUUUUAGUCGAAUAUCUCAUCUUAAAAGACACAUGAGAACUCAUACAGGAGAGAAGCCUUUUACGUGUAAAGAAUGUGACAGAAAAUUUAGCCAAAGCUCUCAUCUUAAAAUACACAUGGCACUUCAUACUGGAGAGAAACCUUUUACAUGUGAACAAUGUGACAGAAAAUUUAGUCGAAAAUCUACUCUCAAAAGACACAUUGCAGUUCAUACAGGAGAGAAGCCUUUUAUCUGUACAGAGUGUGGCAGAAGUUUUAGUCAGAUAUGUAAUCUCAAAACACACAUGACGGCUCAUAUAGGAGAAAAGCCUUUUACGUGUAAAGAAUGUGACAGAAGUUUUAACCGAAUAUCUCAUCUCAAAAGACACAUGAUAGCUCAUACAGGAGAGAAGCUUUUUAUGUGUAAAGAAUGUGACUGGAGUUUUAAUCGAAUAUGUACUCUCAAAAGACACAUGAAGAUACAUACAGGAGAGAAGCCUUUUACGUGUACAGAGUGUGGCAGAAGUUUUAGUCAGAUAUGUAAUCUCAAAACACACAUGACGGCUCAUACAGGAGAAAAGCCUUUUACGUGUAAAGAAUGUGACAGAAGUUUUAACCGAAUAUCUCAUCUCAAAAGACACAUGAUAGCUCAUACGGGAGAGAAGCUUUUUAUGUGUAAAGAAUGUGACUGGAGUUUUAAUCGAAUAUGUACUCUCAAAAGACACAUGAAGAUACAUACAGGAGAGAAGCCUCUUACGUAUAAAGAAUGCAAUGCACGUUUUAAUCCAAUCCAAUCCAUGAAAUCGACUGGGUCCUCACAUUCAUACGUAUGAACGUGGGGGACCAGCUCCUUCCAGGGAGUGUGUACGCUGCCAGCACUGCGCUCAGGUUAAACGCCUUCAAAAUACUUUAAUUUUAGCAUCGACUCUGAAAAGAAGAAACAACAAAGACUCACUCCCGAGACCGGCUCUAGGUUAAAGUCAUGAAAUGAGACCAGCCACAAAGAGAAAUGGCUGUGCUUCAGUGAACAAUUGCAUCCAGAUAUGAAAAGCAGCUUGCGGAAAUACAGUAUUCCGACUUUUUCACAGGGGUUAAUGGUCAAAGACAUCUGCAAAUAUGGAAGGGGGGCAUUUGCUCCCAUCUGGAGAAAUUCCAAAAUCACCUUUAGAAACAAAAGUUACAUACAAGCGUCUUGAGUUGUCUGGGUUUUUGUGUCAAACCGGAAAAGUAAUAGAAACAUUUUAGUGAAACGGUAAAAAAUUAAUAAGCAUUGGAACACUGCAACUCGUUUCAUUUAAAAAUGUUAAUGAAAUACACUUGUAAAAUAUCUUUUUUUUUAAUUAUGACAGUAAAAAUGUACUUUUAAGGAAAUGUUAUUGUUAGUUUUUUUCUUUUUGGAGAUGUUUGUGCUGUUAUUAUAUUGCUAUGGUAACCAUAGUCAUUAUGGUUUAUGUUGAGACAAUGCUGUCUAAGUGUGUUACCAUAAAGACACUAGAAAUAUUUUUACAUGUCUCUAAUUCUUUUUUUACAGUUUUUAUGUGAUUUGUGAACAUUUUCUAAAUAUAAAAUAAUUCUAGUUUAUAUUUUGUUAAGUCAUGUUGGCAGAUAAUAGUUUUGUGAAGAAAAGGUUUAGUAAACAUGUAUACUAACUGGCUCAAAAUUUGUAUCUCAUUUUGAAUAAAUUUCCUAUCUUGAUAAUUA